ACAGGUUGAGAUACUGUUUGGUAGCGAGACACAGUUAGUCAAGACAGCUCGAAAGAUUGUUUGUCGAAAGAUUGCAGUCGUCGUUUUAGUACAAGACGUCUUUCUUGGGAUUACUGAUAGCUAUGUGACUUGAGAUGACCAGCGAUAUGUCCAGGGAUUCAACAAGAGAAAUGGACGCCUCAUCAUCCUAUACAUUCGGUUCAGAGGGCUGCAGUCCCAGCUUCAAGCGCCGUCGGACAGUCGAGGAUUUUAACAAGUUCUGCACCUUUGUGCUGGCUUAUGCCGGUUAUAUUCCCUACCCUCAGGAGGAGGCAGCACUGAGGAGCAGCUCCAGCCCGCCCAACAGCACGGGCAGCACGGCGGACAGCGACGGCUGGGAGACCCCUCGACACGACCGCGACCUCCCUUCCGCCAGCGACCCUCCCCGGCCCAAGAAAUGCAAGAGCUUCUCUGGGUUCAAGGGGCCGGAGAAGCGGGUCGGGGACCGCCCAGUGCCCCUCAAGCACCCCAAGUCCACGGGCCUCCUCCUGGAUGGCAGGCAGAAGACCGACAAGCUGAAGAAGAAGAAGAAGAAGAAGCUGAGGAGGCGAGAGGAGGGAGAGCAGAGCACGCCGGCGGCGGCCCUUACCGCCGGAGCCGAUGCCAGUCCGCCCUUCCUGGGCCGGCCGAUUAAGCAGGAGCCUGAGGAUGACUUCAGUACCUCCACCCCGUACACGCGGGCCCCUGGCCCCGAGCGGUCCGCAGCGGCCACGGGAGGCUUCGGCCUCAGUCCCGUCCGCCGCUUCCACACGGACCCGCCCGUCCGCUGCAAGGAGGAGCCCGACGUCAAGCUGCCCUGCUGGGAGCCGCCCGCGGCCUGCAGAGUCUCCGAGUCCAGCGCCAGCGCCCGACAGGGUGAGGAGGAGGAGGAGGAGGAGGAGGAGGAGGAGUCGGUGGUGGUGAAGGAGGAAGGCGUUCCCGGGAAACGGACUGUGAUCCGUCAGGGGAAGCAGGUGGUGUUCCGGGACGAGGACGGCUCCGGGGACGAUGAGGACAUCAUGGUGGACUCAGACGAUGACUCCUGGGAUCUGGUGACCUGCUUCUGCACGAAGCCCUUUGCCGGGAGGGCCAUGAUUGAGUGCAACCAGUGCAACACCUGGGUCCACCUGUCCUGUGCCAAAAUCCGCAAGUCCAACGUCCCCGAGACGUACGUGUGUCAGAGCUGCAGGGACUCCCAAUUCGACAUCCGACGCUCCAACCGAUCCCGCAUGGGGUCCCGGAAACACCUGUUGGAUUGACCCCCCCCCCCCUUCCCACACGUUCCCCCCCCCCGCCAGACUUUUGCACUAAAAGGGCGGGGGAUGGGAGAGAAACGGACUCCACAGUUUAGACUGAGUUACCCAUGGUUCGAGCACAAGAAUCAGUGUUUUCCUAAAAGGUUUGUGCGCAAGGCAAUCAUUUCAGGUCACAGGAAAUCUACAGCAUUAAAUGAUCAGGCUUUGACUGCAGGCGGAUGUCUUGAAUGGACACCAGGAAGUCUGCUUUAGAACGACUAGGAGUGCAUGUGAACAUUGGUAUUGAAUGGAGGGGCGUGGAUGGAAGAAGUAUGGUGGUGAUUGGUGCACUGUUUAGGAGGAUGAGGAGUCUCACAAACUUCUCUGAUAUUACCGUUUCAGUGGUGCGGUUAUCAGAUCUUUAUGAUGAUAACUUGGAGACUUGGAUUCCUUGCGACUUCCAAACACCCCAGAUGUUUUUUCACGAGUCCUCUGAUGUUCGUUGUUUUGAUUGGUUAUCGUGCUCCUUUGCCUUCUCCACUCUUAGUCAUAAUCAUAAAAGGAGAACUUGUUUAAUAGAAUUGUUGGGUUUUAUUCAUUUUUUUUCUUUGUUUUGUAUGGAUUUUUGAAAAUGUCUUGAUUCUAAAUGUGGUCACCUUGUUUUUAACAGUAAAGCUAGCAAGUAAGCCGAUCGUCAGUCUGAUCGGCCUUUUUGGAACAGCUGCCAUGGAAACUGGACUGAUGUCUUUGCUGGUUGAGGGUGCAUUUGUUUCUUGUGGAGUAGGCACUGGACUCUGCCUUUGUGUAGCUUUUCCUUACACUGUCUUUUGCCAUCCAGUGAGAAGCUUUAGUGUAAACAUUAGCCUUUUUCAGAGAUUGUUCGUGUUCAUUUUUGUGUUCCAUAUUUUCUUCAUUCCCCUUGUUCUUAUUCAGCCAGACACUUGACGCAUGUUUGCUUCACGUUUGUGUCUGUAGGAUAAAGGUUAGUGAGCCUAUAAGGGGGAAGCGUUAAUUUCACGUCGUCGGUUUGUUUUAGAACCAAACAGUUGUUGAAACAUUGUAGAAAUGUAUAAAAUCUAUUGCAGAAUACAUUUUAAGGAGACUUUAAAAAGAUUACUUCAGCAUAUUUGCAUAUUUUCUUCCUUGGGUUUUUGUUUAGAUUCCCACCACAACAGUGGACAGAAAAUGAGUUAUUUGGAGUCUGAAUUCACUGGUUGGUCGUUGAUAAAGGAUGGCUUUAUUUGGUUCAGUCAGAGGACUGGGGUUGGCCAGUAAUUCUGUGCACACUACUUUUUAUGACCUACAAUGGGAGCACCUGUUGCAAAUAUCUUGGUGUGCAACAGUGUUGGGUUUGUCAUUUUACAUGGUAGCACAUCAGGGGCUGGCAUCUUGUCAACAAAACUGGAAAAAAUACAUAGGAUUGAACUUUGCUUUUGGAGGGUGGCUGGUGAACCUAGAGUGGGACACGCGAUCUAACCCCCCUUUCGCCACAGACACAAUACGUCACAGUGCCUCCUCCCGUCCGCCGUCUGAAAAUCCUAAAUGCCGAGCUUCCAGGUGUCGUAAUCUCCUCUUUGGUGCUAAGUCAUUAGGCAGAGCCAGAUUCAUCCCUUACACAGUGAGGGAGAUUACGGCAUUCAAACAGUGCGUGAGAAUGCACUGCACAAAGCCUAUUAUCAGGAAAACGCACCAUCUCUCUCCCAUUGGCAGGAAUGUGCUUAUGUUCGUUUGCUGGAUAAGUGCUGUAAUUUUUAGGACAGGCUUAGUUUGCAGUUCUUUUUCGCGUCUUGUCAUUCACAAUUAACAGGAGAGUUCUGCUGGGCGUUUCCAUUGUAUUGAGCUGUCUGACAUAACUGGAUGUAAAUUGGGAGGAACGGGACAGUUAACGGGAUAGUUAAUUUUCAGUGGUUAAAAUGGAAAUUUAUACGGUGUCAGGACUCUACUGUCAGUUUACCAAAAAGGAUGUUUUCCCUUUCCGUUUUUCAGAGAAAUCAUGAGAUAUAUUUCGUAACCAGUGAGACGGCACAAAUGGGAGUUUUCUGCUUGUUACAUUGGAAAAGUGGGGCCAGAGAAAGCCGUUUCUGUGAAACUGCAUAUUGUUAUUUGUUGUAAAUAAAGAUCUAAUGAUUUUAAUCGACACCAAA